AUGGGUUCCUAUCAAUUAUUCCAACCGCUCCGACCUCGUCACAAACAGUCAACCCAAAACAAAUUGAAGCGUCCAGCAUCGCUAGAAUUGCAGAUGAACCUGAAACGCCAAUUAUCAAAAGCGAGACAUGACUUGAUGACCAUUCGGGGCAAUGUAUCGAGCACCACCAUCGACAAAGAUUCCAAUGGUGUCAAAGAGCACACAAUACCCACACAGAUCGCGGAUACCACUCCUGGCCCAUCGCAAGCCGUACCAGGAUCCACUGGACCAUGCAUGGCACCCGGCACUAAAGAAUCUAAAGAAAUUCAGCGAGACCAAUCAGACGACCGCUGGUUUGAAGAAGAAGACUCCGCCCUCGGCGAAGUCGGGGACAGUCGCUGCUCCUCCCCGGAGGAAUCAAACAUCAUUGACCUCGACUCACUCCUGGAUUUCGGCGAGAUCUCCCCAGUGUCAGACGAAGUUCCUCGCUCAGCAUCUCGUCUGGCCCGCUUUUUUCCAGAGCUUUCCUCACACUUCUCCAUUGUCUCCCCGGUUUGUGCAGAUCGAAAUCCGGAACGUGAGAUGGGGCCUACGCCUUUUGAGCGAGAACUCGAGGAAAGAGUGCAGAUCUUGUAUCGAGGCUCCGCGGACGUCGAUCCGGAGAUCAAUGAGGCAGGUGCGGCGACGCGCUCGUCAUUUGCCUUGAAUGGGUUCGAUGGCGCUUCUUCGUGCUACAGUCGGCGCACGUCGAUCACUACUAUUGGGACGGAUUUCUGGGGCGACGAUGGACGGUACCCGUUCAAGUCGCCUGAUGCAUACUCGAUCCACUCACCCGUUGCGGUGGGCGUCUUCGACGAUGUCCCUUCUCUCUCCUCUCUGCGACGUCUCUCGGACGUUUCCCGGUACUCUCUACAUUCGCUGAACCCGAUACACCACCAGUGGCCAACCAAGCAGGUCGCGAUGAACGACCUCAAGAACAAGCCAUUGCCGCUCGAACCAGUGUUCAAUUUUAGUUCGGCCUCCAGACGUCAAAGUGACUCACCUUUGUCACCAACCUCAUCAUACCCCCGACCACAAUGGUUAACGCCGUUGAAAAAUGACCUGAUGGUUUCACCGCUCCAACUCUCCCCUCUGAUGACCCACAAUGAGUGGAAGAAUUCUAUGUUACACCAGCUGGACACGCAGCGGCAACCGGGGCACGUUUGGCAUGGUUCCGAACACAGUCAGCUCCAAGCUCAGCCCUGUCGUAGCCGACAUGAGUCAGAGUUGCAAACUGAUGGUCAUCGCGGUCGCCAUGUGCCUACACUAUCUCAGGCUGCCGAGGAGCUCGAAGAUACCCUGGCAGAAUUGGCAGACAAAGACUUGUCCCAGAAGUCUCGGCUGGUCCUCGAUAGGCCGCUUCAAAUCAGCCGCAAUAAUGGCGACUUGAUUGCUACUCGCCGGGCGCCGCUCCCGCCCUCAACGAAGCUCCACUUUACAAACACCACGCCUAGCUCGACGCCCAAAAAAGAAAGUCCAAACAAAAACAAGCAUGGCCGUUCAUACACAAUUGGGUCAAGUCCGACCAAAGAGCCAAGUCGCGUCAAAUCUGACUCCAAAGAAAAGACCCAAUCGCGAUCCCACGAAACCUGGAAUGAAAGACUGCCAAUGCUCAAAUCCGAACGAAGCAUGCCAUCUGAGGGCCCCAAGAAAGCAAAAAAGAAGAAAUCAUUUCUGGCCCCAUUUCGCAAAAGCCAAGUCCGUACUAGCGCCCGAUCGGAAGAGAUAACGUCGGAGCAUGUCUCAGACCUCCGACAACAACUCCCCCAACUAGAAACCGAUGAUCUCGCAACCGCGGCACUCCUCGAGCGAGUCGUGGAACACUUUCUGUCAGGAAGCCCGGGCGGCCCGAUAAACCAGCCGGUCGGGCACCAGGCCGAGGUGCGCAAGAAAAUGCGCCAGAGUUGGGCGUUGAUUUCCACCGCUCAGGCCAGCAGUCUCCAGCUUACGGAUCAAAUCUAUGAGCUUCCCGCAGAGCCAACUUCGCCUUCUUCAGUGCUUCUGUCGUCUGUUCUGCCGCUGAGGACUAAGAGCCAUGAUCAAAAUGUUACCCUUCCGGCGGAUAUGCCGGUGGAUUUGAUCAUUACGAUCAUGGAGAAGAUUGACUCGCUGGAUGAUCUGUUCAAUUUCGUCCUCGUCAACAAGAAAACAUAUUCUGCUUUCAAGCGCCGCGAACUCCCACUCAUAAAGAAUGCACUUUUCAAAAUGUCCCCGCCAGCUUGGGAACUGCGUGAGAUGAGCCCCCCUUGGGAAAUGGAAUGGCAACUCCUCCUCGACCCCGACUCCCAGGUCCCAGAGUACACGCCAACACUAUAUCUGCAACGCUAUGCACAAGACAUCUACACCCUCGCAAAGCUCAAAGCACUCGUUCUCGCGCGCUGCGCGCCAUUCCUGCGACCGGAUACCGUCCGCGGCCUAGCAGGCGUCGACAACCAGCGCGCUGAGGAAGUGGACGAUGCCUUCUGGCGGCUGUGGACGUUCUGUCGCAUCUUCGGGAGCGGGAAAAGACGCGAAAAUGAUAUCACCGGGCAGAUGGAUUGGUUGAAUGGCGGCGUGCAGGCGAAGAAGUAUAGCGAGUCGAGCGUGACGCAGCCGUUUGGGAUUAACAAUGUUCUUUUCGAGCCGCCGAAAGGGUUUGGGCGUGGCAAUCUGGACGGGUUGUCGCAGAAGCAGAUGUAUGAUUUGACGGAGAUCUGGACUUGUAUGGGUGUUUUGUUGCAGCCCUUGCAUGGGAAGUGUAGUGAGGCGCGUAAGGUGGGGAUUUUCGAUGGCUUGGAUGUUCCGGAUGGUGAUGCGGUUCGGGAGGAGACUGUUCUCGAAGAGUGGACUUCAUACAUCAUGACCCUCGGCCUGAGCGCAGUACUCACGCUCAGCUCCGUCUGCGCAACAGACACCCCAUUCGCGAAAUUGACAAAAGCACACGCCAUCGGCCUGACAAAAUGGCAACUCACAGAAACAGAAGUCAGCCGCUCCUCCUUCCUCAAAGAAGCAGUUUCCCGCGCCUACGAACUCCACGAACGAAAUUCAUCACCACCAAACGAACCCCAAAGCAACCCCCGCCUAACCGAAGCACGCGAAAGCCGCACUCGCCAAACAGCAUUCGCGAACGAGCUGCGUCGCCGUCGCGCACGCGGUCUCGAGGAACCAGAAGGCCGAAUCUCGUUCUCGGCUGAACGCCCAAUGUCGAAGUAUAGUGCCAUCCUCCGCAAUCUGGACAGGACACCCGAGCAGCCUGCUCCGCCUGUUCCGGUUCUUGUUGUUGAUCGGUCGUCGACGUCGACGGCUGGAGAGGCUCCGCAGACACCGACUUAUGCGUCUGAUUCGUCGACGUCGGUUCAGAUGCCGCCUGCGCCUGUGGCACCUGUGGUGCCUCCAGUCGCGGCACCAGUCCAGGCACCAGUCAUGGUACCUGUCACGGUACCAAGACUUGCACCUCUCCGUCCGCAAGUCCUUGAUCCCGUCGAUCUAGCUAUCCACAUGAUGGUCAACGACCUAGGCUUUGCAACCGAAGAUGCGAAAUGGGCUCUGAAAAUCACUGAUACGGGCGAGGGGAUUGACGCCGCAGCUGCUGUGCAGUUGUUACAGCGCCAGAAGAAGAAGAAUGAGCGGAAUCCAUUCGGAAAGAGGGAUAAUUUGCUGUCUUCUGUUAUUAGGAAGCAGAAGUCUCAUGAUUCUGGGUGGCGCUGGGCUUGA